AACCGCGCCUGCGCAGUGCGCUCCUUCCUCUCGGCUUCCAACCUGGUUCGCAGCGACGUGGCGAAACGCACCAAGAAGGUCGGAAUCGUCGGUAAAUACAGGACCUGUUAUGGCGCCUCCUUCAGGAAAAUGGUGAAGAAAAUUGAAAUCAGCCAGCACGCCAAGUACACCUGCUCCUUCUGUGGCAAAACCAAGAUGAAGAGGCGAGCCGUGGGGAUCUGGCACUGUGGUUCCUGCAUGAAGACCGUCGCUGGUGGUGCCUGGACCUACAACACCACUUCUGCCGUCACAGUAAAAUCAGCCAUCAAACAAACAAAAAAAUAG